CUUGUCAAACUUGAGACUUGAGACUGAGACAAAAACUUGUUGAUAAAGAAAUUGAUAAGAGAAACAAAUACCAAGCCGGUUCACGAUGUUGACGAUGUACGAGAUCAGUCGUAUCGUUUUAUUGAGAUAAUAAAGACAGCAACGUCGAGUAUCUCACAUAGUUUUUUAAAUAUUCUAUAACAUAGUAAAACAAUGAGCAAAGUUAUUUUUUUACAAUCGGCACCGCCAAAAUUUGAAGAUAUUCAGAAAACAAUAUUUAACGAUGAGGCUGUUGAUUUUUUAUAUCGUUUGCAUAAGGAGUUUGAUGUGAAAAUAGAGCAGCUUUUUAAAGAAAGGUUACGGCGAACAGUAUCAAUACAGGCACUUUCGACUUUGAACUUCAAACAGUCUUCGGAAAGGAGUGAUAAGACUUGGAAAGUGGCUCCUUUGCCGUCGAGAUUGCAGAACCGCCACUUAGACCUCGGAGAUGUUUCUGCAUCAAACACAGCUCACUUUGUGUCUGCUCUUAAUGAGGAUGUCCAAGGCAUACAAGUGGACUUUGAUGAUGGCCACUGUCCUACAUGGAAGAACCAGUUGCAAGCAUACUACAAUAUAAAGCUGGCUGUCAAUGGGAAACUUCCUGGGACACCACUGACUAUCACAACUUGUCCAGUAUUGAUGCUGCGACCAAGAGCAUGGAAUAUGAUAGAACAUAACAUUUUGAUCAAUGGCAAAGAAGCAAUCGGUCCAUUAGUUGAUUUUUCGGUCUUAAUGUACCACAAUGCGAAAAAACUCUUUGAAGCGAACAGCGGUCCUUAUUUCUACUUGUCUAAGUUAGAAGGAGCAUCUGAAGCAAAAUUGUGGAAUGAGAUAUUUGUCUGGACACAAAAUGAACUUGGCCUUCCACAAGGCACAAUAAAAGCAUGUGUUUUAAUUGAAAAUAUUAUAUCUAGUUUUGAACUAGACGAAAUUUUAUAUGCCCUGAAGGAUCACUCCUUGGGCCUUAACUGCGGAAUAUGGGAUUACUGCGCUUCAAUCAUUUCCAAGUUUGGUGAUCGUGAAGAGUUUCUGCUACCAGAUAGAAACAAGUACGUGAACAUGGACCGUCAUUUCCUGAACAGUUAUCUGAGGCUUGUGGUUAGCACAUGCCACGCUAGAGGCGCGCCAGCCACUGGUGGCAUGGCGGCUUCCAUGCUCAAACCUGGCUCCGAUGGUACUGAUAGAGAGUCUAAAGCAAUAAUAACCAAGAUACUGACUGCGAAAACGAAAGAAAUAGAAAAUGGCGUGGAUGGAUUUAUGGUAUACGAUUCGAGAGUAGUGCCAUAUGUUAACGAGCUCUGGAAGAAAAGCGGUGCGACACCAAAUCAGAUAUCAAGACAAUUCGAUGUGAACAUAACAGCAGAGGACUUGUUGUCUAUCCCACGCGACGGAGUAACGGUACAAGGCCUGAAGCACAAUGUAGCUAUAUCCAUCCUCUUUAUUUACUACUGGUUAGCGGGCAUCGGGCAUUUCUUUUAUAGCGGCAAUGUUGAAGACUCCGCGACAGCCGAGAUAUCUAGAUACCAGAUCUGGCAGUGGAUUCGUUUUUCCCCACCAUUAGAAGAUGACCCUAAGCAACACGUGACACAGAAGCUAGUUGAAAAGGCUGCAUCAGGCUUCGCUGCGCAUGCGCAUAAGAACCUUUGUCGUUCGAACGCAGAACGAAAGAGGCUGACAGCAGCUAGGUACAUGAGCAUGGAAUUGUUCCUGACCAGGAACCCACCAGAGUUCAUCACAAGCUACCUGAAUGAUAACCACAAGUUCAGAACUCUGCAUAAUAAAGCUCUUCUUAGCAAUCUAUAGAAA